UAACCUAGGAAAGCCCCGCCCCGGCCGUGGCCGUAGUACUCAUGCGCACUUUCCACUUCACCCUAUUUCGACCUCCCACCAUUUCCCUCCUACUCGGCCCAGUCGGGCAUGCGCAAUUCCACUUCUCCAGAGACAGUUGGGUUUUCCCGCCCUUCCGUAGCCUUUGGAGGAAGGUCAGGGUUUCAUGCUCCUCUGGAGAUAUCUGCUCGAUGUCAGAGGAAUGCGGAGACCAGUAAGUCGCCGAUGUCCUUCUGGUCCUGAAUCUUAAGACGCAAGGAACACACACUGGGGCUUUUAACUAGAGGCUGAGGGUCAGGAGGCGGGAAGAGGUUGUGUGGGCGGGGUCAAGGGUGAGAGGUCAGAGGACUGCGAAAGGGGCGGAGCGAGCCGGAGGCGGAUGGCUGCUCUUCAUCUUCGGCUGUUGAAGCUCUGAAGCUGGGACGCGGCCCCGGCGCGUCCGGCGGAGGAAGGAGAGCGGCGGCCGCUCCCAUCAUGCACAGCCUGGCUACCGCAGCGCCUGUGCCUACCGCACUGGCACAGGUGGAUAGAGAAAAGAUCUAUCAGUGGAUCAACGAACUAUCUAGUCCUGAAACAAGGGAAAACGCUUUGCUGGAGCUAAGCAAGAAGCGAGAAUCUGUCCCUGAUCUUGCACCAAUGCUGUGGCAUUCAUUUGGUACUAUUGCAGCACUUUUACAGGAAAUUGUAAAUAUUUAUCCAUCUAUCAACCCACCCACCUUGACAGCACACCAAUCUAACAGAGUUUGCAAUGCUCUGGCAUUACUGCAGUGUGUGGCAUCACACCCAGAAACCAGGUCAGCUUUUCUUGCAGCACACAUCCCACUUUUUUUGUACCCCUUUUUACAUACUGUCAGCAAAACACGUCCUUUUGAGUAUCUUCGGCUGACUAGCCUUGGAGUUAUUGGGGCCUUGGUGAAAACAGAUGAGCAAGAAGUAAUCAACUUUUUAUUGACAACAGAAAUUAUCCCUUUAUGUUUGCGCAUAAUGGAAUCUGGAAGUGAGCUUUCUAAAACGGUUGCAACAUUCAUCCUCCAGAAGAUCCUCUUAGAUGACACUGGUUUGGCUUACAUAUGUCAGACAUAUGAGCGUUUCUCUCAUGUUGCCAUGAUCUUGGGUAAAAUGGUCUUGCAGCUAUCCAAAGAGCCUUCUGCCCGUCUGCUGAAGCAUGUAGUAAGAUGUUACCUUCGACUCUCAGAUAAUCCCAGGGCACGAGAAGCACUCAGGCAGUGCCUCCCUGACCAGCUGAAGGACACAACCUUUGCCCAGGUGCUAAAAGAUGACACCACCACGAAACGCUGGCUUGCACAACUGGUGAAGAACUUGCAAGAGGGCCAGGUCACCGAUCCCCGGGGUAUUCCCCUGCCCCCUCAGUGAUCCUCUCCUAUCCUCUCCCACUGCUCCUCCAAGUUGGGGAAGGGAAGGGGAACCUACGAGGAAGACAGCUCAGGUUUUAUCGCCAACCCGGAAUAGACAACCUUAAUGCUGAACUGCACUGGAGAAAAGGGGCAAGGUACCCCUGCUGAGGUGUAUGGGCUGCCAUCAGGCUAUCUUGAGGACCUGGGCUCCCUCUGCUACUCCUAGGAAAUGGGCUACUUACACAGCAGUCUGCCACCAUAGCCCCAGGAGGGUGUCAACACCAGCAAAUGCUGUAUUUGCAGCAUGCCCAAGAUGACCCUGAUACCCCCACCUUUACCUAAUCACUGGCAGAGAGGGGAGACUGUGGUGAUAGCAGCAGCACUCUAGGCUUGGUGAGCACCUGGGACCAAGCCAUGUGGUGUUUUUUACUUUGCCUUCCUGGAAGACUCAAGAUGUGUCUCUUAAUUCUCUCUCUCAGUAUAUGUUUACUUUUGUUGUUUUGUUUUGUUUUAAUCUCAGAGAGAGGUGUGUUUAGUGGACACAAGCUGUAAUUUUCAGCAAAAUGUUGUCAGUUGGCACUGUUUACAAGUCUGUUAGCUGCAUAAGCUCAAUAAAAAGUUGGUCUGGGCAUUACAUCCCCUCUGGCAGGCCAAAAGAUGCAUUGAGCUGUUGGGAGAAAUGGGAGUAAUGGGGGAUAUGUAAAGCCAAAGUACAGCAGGAAGCCACCACCUGUUUCCCUCCUCCCAUUCUUCUCCUAGUCCUGGAUGCCAUGAGGACCUUAACCUUGUUUCUGGCUUUAGCUGCUAGCAUUUUCAGAUCUCAGUGCUGUUACUUUUUUUUCACUUCCCUCCUAGUAAAUCUAAAACAGAUGUCUUAAUUCAUCCAGCUCAUCCAGCUACCCUAAAAAGGGUAUUUGAAUUGGGACAGGAGGGGUGAUGGUCUUCAAAUCCACAUCUUCAAAGAUAUUUCCCAGGCAACUUAAAGGGAAAGCAACUGGGAUUAAGGUUGAUAGGCUACCCAAUUCCAUUCUUUUGGAAUGAAUUUCAAUAGCACCAUCUCUUGUCAUGAUUGUACAGGAAGUAUUAUUUGCU